GACAAUAGACGAAUUAUCGGCGAGCCACCACAAACAUUAUAAUAACAAAAUAAAUAAUUAUGGCGAGAAAUGCGGAAAAGGCAAUGACGACGCUGGCGCGUUGGCGAGCUGCCAAAGAAGUCGAGUCCGGAGAGAAGGAACGACGUCCUUAUCUGGCCUCGGAAUGCCACGAUCUGCCAAAGUGUGAGAAGUUCAGGUUGGAGAUUAUACGCGAAAUUUCCAAGAAAGUGGCACAAAUUCAAAACGCCGGUCUGGGAGAAUUCCGCAUACGUGAUCUCAACGAUGAAAUCAACAAGCUGCUGCGCGAGAAGCGGCACUGGGAAAAUCAGAUAUCAUCACUUGGCGGUCCACAUUACCGUCGCUAUGGACCAAAAAUGUUUGAUGCCGAGGGGCGUGAGGUGCCGGGUAAUCGUGGCUACAAGUAUUUUGGAGCUGCCAAGGAUUUGCCGGGCGUGCGGGAACUGUUUGAACAGGAUCCACCACCGCCGCCGCGCAAGACACGUGCUGAAUUAAUGAAAGAUAUUGAUGCCGAGUACUAUGGAUACAGAGAUGACGAAGACGGUGUCCUAAUACCGCUGGAGGAGAGGAUUGAGCGAGUCGCCCUGCAAAAGGCGGUUCAAGAAUGGCGGGAGAAAAUGGCACGCGACGGUCGCAUCAUUGACGACGAGGAAGACGACGAUGAAAUCUAUCCGCUCUCCGGGCCAGCACGCGAAGCUGCCGAGGAUGCCAAGUCACGGGCGGCGGAGAACGACCCGUUGGGUCUACUCGCUCCACGGUUCACCGCUCACGUGCCCGUGCCCACACAACAGGAUGUGCAGGAGGCGCUGUUGCGAAAACGCAAACUGGAAUUAUUACAAAAAUACGCCGGAGAUACAAACUAAAAGCAACUUGAAUAAAAACAAACCUUUUUUAAUUACUAUUUGUUUAUAACUACAUAUAACUUGGAAUGUAGCGUAUGCUAUUUAAGUACAAACGUAGAUAUGAAUUUAA